UGGCGGACGAACUACACUGAAAGACCCCAAAGUUUGUUUAGGUUAUUUUCACCCUUCCAAUGUCUUUUCCCACUCCGUCGUUUUCGCAUCUUAAUCAAGAAGAUUACCAGCAUGUUUAUGAGCCUGCAGAAGAUACAUUUCUUAUGAUGGAUGCUUUGGAGAAAGACGCAGAUUUCUUGAGAGCACAAAGGCCACUUUUAUGCGUGGAGGUUGGCAGUGGAUCCGGUGCCCUAAUAACUUUUUUGGCUUCCAUUAUCGGAUCCCUCACCCACUACGUAGCUACUGACAUAAACCCCAUGGCUGCUCAAUGCACAUCACAAAUGGCAAAGCAGAAUGGAGUGAAAGUUAGUUGUGUUGUAACAGAUUUGGUUGAAGGCCUUAUUCCAAAUAUUUUUGGAAAAGUUGAUGUAUUGAUCUUCAACCCACCCUAUGUUGUCACUGCUUCUGAUGAGGUUGGCAGUCAUAGCAUUGAAGCUUCCUGGGCGGGUGGAGACAGAGGAAGAGAGGUUAUGGAUCGUCUUUUCCCGUUUGUAUCCACUCUUUUGUCCAACACAGGAUGUUUUUAUCUUGUUACUGUGGCAGAAAAUAAACCAGACGAGGUCAUAAGUAUUAUGGAGUCCCAAGGCUUAUGUGGUGAAGUUUUAAUGAAAAGAAAAGCAGGAAGAGAGAGACUCUCUAUUCUAAAAUUUACUAAAGACUUCAAGAAGAACAGCCCAGUCAGAUGACAAGAGUGAAUUUUUCUGAUCAUGUUUCUCAGUAUCGAACGGAUUAAAGGGCAAUCAGUGCACAGUUCAAUUCUGAAAUAACUUACAGAGAUACCGUGUUCUCAAUGUCUUAGAAAAUCAUGAUGAAAGCUGACGUGUGUCGGGCCGAACGCGUUGACGUGAGCCGGCCCAGAAAAAGCAGUCCAGCUUUGCGCUCACACGGCUCUUUUGCGUUUCCCUUAAAAGUGGGUUGAAAUUGUGGACUUAUUUGAAAAAUAAAAUAGAUAAGAAAAUGA